AUGAAAUUCACUUCAGCUCUCUCUUCAUUCUCCCUUGUGCUUCUUCUGACAUUAACCACCAGCAAUGCCUUGUUGACCUCAAUCAAGGAAGCAACCAUAGAUGAGAUCCAGCUGGCAUUCAAGCAAAACCAGCUGACCUCAAGGCAACUGGUGGAGUACUACAUCUCUGAGAUUAAUAGGCUGAAUCCCAUCCUCAAUGCGGUCAUAGAAGUGAACCCGGAUGCCAUUUACCAAGCGGAUAGAGCUGACUACGAGCGAGCACGAGCCAAGACGCGGAGAGGUUCGAUGCUUGGCGGGUUACAUGGAAUCCCUGUGCUGAUCAAGGACACCAUAGGGACCAAAGACAAGCUGAACACAAGUGCUGGCUCUUUUGCCUUGCUUGGUUCGGUUGUGGCUCGAGACGCGGGUGUGGUGGCUAAGCUGAGGCAGGGUGGUGCCAUCAUCUUAGGGAAGGCUAGCUUGAGUGAGUGGGCUGCUUUCAGGUCGCUCAACGCUCCUAACGGGUUUAGUCCCAGAGGUGGCCAAGGAAAGAACCCUUAUGUGUUGUCUGCUGAUCCUUGUGGGUCAAGCAGUGGGUCAGCAAUAUCAGUGGCAGCAAAUCUGAUAGCUGUUUCUAUCGGAACUGAAACGGAUGGGUCUAUUUUGUGCCCAUCCCAUGCAAAUUCUGCUGUGGGGAUAAAGCCAACAGUUGGUCUCACUAGCAGAGCUGGUGUUGUCCCAGUUUCUCCCAGACAGGACACCAUUGGGCCUAUUUGCAGGACAGUGGCUGAUGCAGUUCAUGUUCUCGAUGCCAUUGCUGGGUUCGACGAAUUCGAUCCAGCGACAAGAGAGGCAUCAAAGUACAUCCCUUAUGGAGGGUACAAGCAGUUUUUGAAAGCUAAUGGUCUAAAAGGGAAGAGAAUUGGAGUUGUGAGGAACCCAUUCUUGAGCAGUGUGGGUGAAUAUGAAAGGCAAGCCUUUGAGAGCCAUGUCAGGAUUUUAAGGCAGGGAGGGGCAACCGUGUUUGACAAGUUGGAGAUCUCCAACAUCGAGACCAUCUCAAAUGCAACGCGAAGUGGGGAAGCUGUUGCAUUGUUGGCAGAGUUCAAGGUAUCAGUGAAUGCAUAUUUGAAGCAGCUGGUUGUUUCCCCAGUAAGGACACUGGCUGAUGUGAUUGCAUUUAAUCAGAAGUUCUCAGAUUCUGAAAUGAAUGAUGAAUUGGGUCAAGAAAUAUUCUUAGCUGCUGAGGGGACAAAUGGGAUUGGGAGCCUGGAGAAGGCAGCAAUGGCAAAUUUGGAGCAGCUGACCAAAGAUGGGUUUCAGAAGCUGAUGUGGGAUCAUGAAUUGGAUGCUUUGGUGACUCAUGGACCUGGGAUUUCUGCAGUCCUUGCCAUUGGAGGAUUCCCAGGGAUCAAUGUGCCAGCUGGGUAUGAUGAGAAAGGGGUGCCCUUUGGGAUUAAUUUUGGAGGGCUGAAGGGAACUGAGCAAAAGUUGAUCCAAAUUGCUUAUGGGUUUGAGCAACUCACUAAGAUUAGGAAGCCUCCAACCUUCAUUGCUUGA